AUGAACUCCUUCAUUUCGCUCUUCUUCUUCUCCCUCCUCUCGUUUUUCUCCCUGGUUUCUGGAGCUCCUAUCGAACUAUCGCAGCGCGAUGUGUUCGUACCACCUGUCAUUCUCCCAAAUAGCCACUCGGUCUGGAAAGUUGGCACCACGCAGACUGUGAAAUGGGAUGUGUCGCACCCACCAUCACAGAUUACCAACACAAAGGCUAAGAUCAUUCUUGUCACCAACGGCCUGCUUGACUUUGAACACCCUCUUGCGGAUAACCUGGAUGUCCUCUCCGGUUCCCACCAAGUGAAAGUCCCCAAGGUUGAGCCCGGCAAGAAAUACCAGAUUAUAGUCUUCGGCGACUCCGGUAACACUGGCGAAGUGUUCCAAAUCGUGGCUUGA